CUGAGCAAACCUGUGGCAAGCUCUGGCAAAUCCACUGGAGCUGGUUUAUGUAAAGCUCUCUCUGAAAUCACAGGGCAAUAGAUGAAGUUAAUAGGCUGAAGAGGAGACUCUAUGAAAUCAUGCAGCAGGAGAUACGGCCGCUGGUAGCAGUGGAUAUCAUAGAGCAGCUCCACAGGCAAUUUGCAAUCUUGUCAGGAGGAAGAGGGAAGGAUGGGGCACCCAUUAUAACCUUUCCAGAAUUUGCAGGAUUCAGUGAGAUACCUGAUGAUGAUUUUCUGAAUGUGGUCACUUAUCUAACCAGCAUUCCCAGUCUGGAGGCUGCCAGCAUCGGAUUCAUCAUCAUCAUAGACAGACGACGGGACAAAUGGAGUGCAGUCAAGGCAUCCCUGACACGAAUAGCAGGAGCAUUUCCAGGAAACCUGCAGCUGGUGUUUGUCCUGAGACCCUCCCGCUUUAUCCAAAGGGCAAUCGCUGACAUUGGCAUUAAACUCUAUCGAGAUGACUUUAAAAUGAAGGUACCGAUCAUCAUGUUAAAUUCUGUCUCUGAUCUGCAUGGCUACAUUGACAAGAGCCAGCUGACCCGGGAGCUGGGAGGGACCCUGGAGUACGGCCACAGCCAGUGGAUCCAUCACCGAACGGCCAUUGAAAACUUUGCAAUGACAGUAAAAACAACAGCACAGAUGCUACAGACCUUUGGAACAGACUUAGCAGAGACUGAACUUCCCAACGAUGUGCAGUGCACAGAGGAACUUCUCUCCUCACACACCGAGCACCACAGCAAGCUGAAGGAUGAGCUGAAGCUAGCAGUGAAGCAGGGGGCCACCUUACUGACAUGCAUCCGGGAGCCAGUCACCCGAAGUGCCAACAGCAAACUCAGUCCAGAUGAACUGGAAAAUGUGGCCACAGUGGAAAGGUUGUUGGCUCAGUUGGAUGAAACAGAAAAGGCUUUUGAUCAAUUUUGGACCAAGCAUCAUCUAAAACUAGAACAGUGCCUGCAGCUUCGACACUUUGAACAUGAUUUUAGAGAGGUAAAAUUGACAUUGGAUAACCUCAUGGAAACACUAGCAGGUUUUGCUGAUAUUGGAGACAGUGUGACUCGAGUUGAGAACCUCCUCAAGGAACAGAAACAUCUGGAAGAGAAAGGACAGGAACCUUUGGAGAAGGCCCAGUCUCUGGCUCUCCAUGGAGAACAGCUCAUCCAAAACAACCAUUAUGCAAUUGACUCCAUUAGACCAAAGUGUGUUGAACUCAGGCGAAUUUGUGAUGACUUUACCAACGAGACCAAGAAAAAAUAUGAUAUUUUGGGAAAGUCUCUUGAGCUGCAUAAGCAGUUAGAUAAGGCAAGCCAAUGGUGUGAAGCUGGAAUCUACCUCUUAGCUUCCCAAGCUGUGGACAAGUGCCAGUCACAAGAGGGAGCUGAAACUGCACUCGUUGAAAUUGAGAAGUUCUUGGUAACAGCUAAGGAACACCAGCUCUCCAACCUGAAGGAAUUCUACAAUCAGUUUGACAUGAUCCUCACCCCUGAAAUAAAGGCCAAUGCCCAAAGAAUUGUACAAAAACUCGAAGAUGUGCAAGAAAUGUUUGACAAGAGGCAAGUAAGUCUGAAGAAGCUGGCAGCCAAACAGACCCGGCCAGUACAACCUGUUGCUCCACAUCCUGAAUCUUCCCCAAAGCGAGCAUCACCAAAGAUUACCAGACCAGCAGCAGUAGCUACCAACAGGAGGUCUACAGAAAUUUCCUGCCCUCCAAAGACUGUUUCUGAAGUAGAGUUAUCAAAAAAGAAAAGCAUUAAGAAGACAAAAGGUGGAAUUAAGAUUGAAGUGAUGCACGAAGCCAGUCAAGGAGGAUCCAGCAGAGUCCUGGUGACUAGUGAAAGUGAUGAGAACUUGUCAACAAGGAGGAGCCACAUAAUCAAUGAGCUGAUAGAAACAGAACGGGUUUAUGUAGAAGAACUUCAAAGUAUAAUAGAGGGAUAUGCUUCAGAAAUGGACAAUCCCAAUUUAGUACAUCUGAUUCCAUCUGCACUUCAGAACAAGAAGGAAAUUCUUUUUGGGAACCUCCCAGAAAUCUACUAUUUCCACAACAGGAUUUUCCUUAAGGAGAUAGAAAAUUGCAUUGAAAACCCUGAGCUUCUUGCCCGAUGCUUUUUGAAAAGAAAGGAGGACCUCCAAAUAUAUGAAAAGUACUGUCAGAACAAACCAAGGUCUGAAGCUCUCUGGAGACAGUGUGGAGACAGCAUCUUUUUUCAGGAAUGUCAGCGUAAAUUGGAUCAUAAGCUCUCACUUGAUGCUUAUCUCUUAAAGCCAGUUCAGAGAAUCACCAAGUACCAGCUGCUGCUGAAGGAAAUGCUGAAGUGCAGCAAGAACUCAGAAGGCACUGCUGAAUUGGAAGAAGCCCUGGCCACGGUGCUUGAUAUCAUCAAGUCAGUAAAUGAUUCCAUGCACCAGAUAGCAAUCACAGGAUAUGAGGGGGAUGUCAGUGAGCUUGGCAAGCUGUUAAUGCAGGGUUCCUUCAAUGUAUGGACUGACCACAAGAAGGGGCACAACAAGGUGAAGGACUUGGCUAGAUUCAAACCAAUGCAGAGACACCUCUUCCUCUAUACCAAGAUGCUGCUUUUCUGCAAGAAACGGGAGGAGAACACCGAUGGCCAUGAGAAGACAGCUUCAUACAGCUUUAAAAAUUCAUUAAAGAUGAGCACUGUGGGCAUUACAGAAAAUGUAAAAGGGGAUAAUAAGAAGUUUGAGAUCUGGUAUAAUGGCAGAGAAGAAGUCUAUAUCAUUCAGGCAUCUUCUGUUGAGCUGAAAAACACCUGGAUUUCAGAGAUCCGCAAAGUCCUGACAGGACAGCUGGAGGCGUGCAGAGAAGCAAGUCAACUGCACCAAAGAAUCACUGAGAGUGUGUAUCAUGCACCAAUGGAUUCCUCCAAUGCAAGCAGGUAUAGCAGGAAGUCAUCAAGUAUAUAUGAAAACAAAUCUGAGACAUCAAAUGUGGAUGCAUCCAACAACAAAAACAGGAAUUCCAGUCCCAGUGCCAGACAAAAGAGAGGUCCCCUUGUUCCUGCAGUUAAAGUCAAGAGACAUGAAAUAAAGAGUGACCCAACCCCCCUGGGGUUUGAAGAUGCUUUUGAGAACACCAUUUUGGCCCAGACUAAAUGUAAUGCUGGUUCCACCACGAGAUCCGUACCUAGAUCUGCUUCACAGACAGGUUGGCCCAGCAGACAAAUGCCUUCUCUAGACACAUUUGAAGAUUUUGAAGCCAUCCCUUCCAGCAUGGAUGAACUCUCUAACUCUUCUGAUUUGGAGGAAGAGACCAACCCUAACAAUGGCAGCAAUCUCUUCCGGGUUGAAGGCAGUUUUGACAGCUGUUUCCCAGAUUCUCUUUCUCUCGAGGAUGGAGAUUUAGUGCAGUUUGUGCAGGAAGGAGAGAAUGGUCAAUGGUUAGUGAAGAAACUGGUCUCUGAGAAAAGUGACUGGGUUCCCUCCAGCAUAUUGCAGCCAGCAGAGGGGGACAGUAACAACAUAAUUAAGAGCAGCAAUGCAGACACGUACAACGAUUCCUGCAGCACAGCCUCAGUAGAGUCAGACACAAAGGAAACUGAGGUGGCCAAAAGCUUCCCAGCAGAACAGAGGGCUGGCAGCUGAACAGCAGGACCAGCCUUCCUCAGGACCCCGUCCACCUGCCUUUAUCUUGGGUGGACACUGGAUCAAAGUUGCCUUUCUCACAAGCUCUGAGGUUCAUAAGUCACUAAAAUUUUAUCAACAUGAACAGAUGAGAACUGUGCUGUCCACCUGGCAAGCUGGGAAAAACAAACUUGAAAGGAGCAUUAAACAUCCGGAAAACAUCAAGCCUACCUUCAGUAUUAGAGAAGAAAAAUGCUUCUCGCAUUGAUUAUCAAACUGUUUCAGAAGAUGUGGCCUAAAUUAGGUCGACAGCAGAGCUGAAGAGUCUCUAUGCACGCACCUUUUGGCAACUUUGCUUGAGCACCACAUCACUGCAGAGGGGCACGUGGUGGUUAUGAGUCCUUGCUCCACCCUGGGGUCACCUGGAGGUUUUUCCAUUUGCUUGCCUCUGGCUGUGCCUUCCCUGUCCUCCUUAAUUCCAGCUGAUACAUCAUCACAAAUGUGCCCUUUUUGCUAUCAGUCAACACCAAAAACACCCUGCUUGAGGGUGGCUGUGGAAAGGAGACUUCUGGCUGGGACCAUCAGAGAGGCUCCGUGCAGCAGUGACGUGUGGCCCAGGAGGGCCCUGCUGCACACAGCAUUCCACACCUGGCAUGGUGCAGGUGGCAGCUCCUGCCUGGGAGGUGCAGGGCUAAGCAGGGAAGUAAAGACAUGUAACAGCUACUGUGACAAAGAACACUCUGAACUCUUUUUACAGUCUAAGUCACUCCUCUGCCCUCUGUACAAUCUCUGGUUGCUGGAUCACAACCCUUUGCAUUUGGUGCCGAGAAUUCAGUUAAAUGCCAUUUACUGUCACAUGUUUUAGUAGACUGCAUGCUUUUCUUGUGUGCUGGGCUAUGAGUAGAUACAUUUCACCCCCCAUUUGGAAUAUACUUAAGCAUUGCAAAUAGGCAGUGAGCAUUAGAUGCUCCAAUGAGUGGAUAAAGUGUUGUUGUUAAAUACUUCUUUGCAGGACGUUUGAUGAAAGGACUGUACCAAAUCUCUGCCACAUAAGGAUGUAAUGUAUAAUAUAAAGUGACUACAGAUGUUAUCAUUCCAUACAAGCCAUUAGCUCAUUUAGAGCAGCUGUUAAGGCAAGAAGGCAUUUUGAUGGUAAUUGGGUCUUAGGUCCCACAAAAGCUGCUAGUACUGAUAAAUACUGCUAGUAAAGAUAAAUAGCUAAACUAGAUAUUCAAACUAGCUGCUAGUAAAAAUAAAUAUCGACUAAGAGUUGCGAACAGGCAAAGACCAGUCUGAAGAAGCUCAAGAGUGAGUGGCUUUCACUCUUAGGGAUGUUUUGUUUAACCCUCAGACUAGUGGUGCUUUAUAUAAAUAACAAAGAGCACUAAAAGCACUAGAAAUGGAGAUGAAGCAAACCAAAACCCACUCUUUACUAACUGAGCCUCUGAGUAAAGCAGUAGGUGUGUGUAUCAUUUCUGCUCUCACCUUUGCAGGGACUCGAAUGUUUUCUUUUGUGUCUCAGUGGAGGCUGGAGUUGCGAGUACCUUAGUGUGGGAGUCAGGAUGCCUGUGGAGCAGGCAGAUAGUCCUGUUUGAGAAAAAGCCUUGGAACAGGUAAAGGCUUAGUGAGAUUUUUUUUUGCCUGUGAAGACUUAUUGCUUGAUUUUAAGUUGCACUGUGGUGAUUGAAUCCCAUGGCUCUUCUAACCUUCCAUAUCUAAACUCUGUGACUUUUGACAUUUUCUGUUCAGGACUAAAGGACCUCUCCGGAAGCUAUUUUUGUUCUGCUGAGGUAGAAGCCUGUUUGUGCUGGUCAUUUACCUCAAAAUUGACAUGUAGGCUCUCAGGAACACAAAUCCUCUUGCUCUACUGUGGUUAUCAGCAUCUUGCAGGAAGAACUGAUUCCUUUCAGUCCCCUAAGGAAAUAUGCAGUGACAUUUUGUUAUAGUGCAAUUACUUUAUCCUCUUUCUAAAAUGAGUUCAUUUUGGUUUCUCUAUUACUUUCAGUAAUUUUUGCACAGGAACAGUGCUGCUGUCUACCCCUGCCCUAAGCAUAGGAGAGGGAAGGGCUAGGGAGCUUUGAUUGCACAUGAGUAUAGUAAGCUUUUGUGUGUGGGGAAGGGUUACCCUGAGUGUAUGAAACUGCCAAACUGAAGAUUUGUGACAUUGCCCAUGCAUGGAAAGACAAAGGAGCAGCCUUCUGGCUUUGCUGAUGAGACAAAAUGGGGUUUGAUGACUUUUUGAGUUUUUAAAAUAGUAUGCGGGACAGUCUUUUAAUUAGUGUAUUUCUGUCAAGCAAAGUGAUAAUUAAGGGAAUGGGUCUCCAUGUACAGUCUAGAAGAUGAUUUGGUAAAGUCCAGCAAGACCCAUGUGUGUGAGGGUAUGCUUAUUCUGUCUGUAGGUCUUUGACACCAUCCUAUUCAGGUAGAUGGACCUAAAAAUCAUAGUUUUCAAAUGAGGAUUUCAUUUCAGUGCUGUUUGGAGAUGCUAUAGUGACCAUUUAGAAGUCAUUUAAAAGUAAUGGUUGCGACUAAGAUUUGGCUGUAGAAGACACCAGAUCCCAGGUAAAUCUGUGCUGCAGCAGCCCUUGCUGCUGUCCCUGUGCCUGUCUCUGCUCCUGGGCCUGGGCUGGCCACACCUGCUCUCCAGGCUGAGGGUUUGCCUGGGCUCUCUUCUCUUUGAUCUGCUGCUCUCCCGUGAAACUUCAGAAACUUCACAGCCUCAGAACUGCCUUUAAAAGCGCCCAUUCAGGUGUGGGUGGGCUGCUGAGUCCUUCCCUGGCACCAGUGGGGAACAGAGACGGGCAGUUGCACGACACACAAGUCUUGCUUUUAGUAAACCAGACUAGAAUAGAAUCAGGCCUGAUCCUCUCCUCUCACCUGGAACCCCACCAGGUGGAGAACCAGACCAGUGCUCGUUGUCUUGAACACAAACAGCUGCAGCCAAACCACAUCUGAGCUCUGGCUUUUCUUGCCAGUGACAGCAAAGCUCUGUGUGUGUCCUGUUCUGGCCGCGUGUGUGAUGAGAAGCCAUUUUAUUAUCUAUGAUUUUCUUAGAGUCUUGAUAUUUCAAACAGGAUUGGGUAUGAGAAAGGCCAUGUGCUUCCUUUCCAAAAAUACUCAAAGACUUCAAAUAUAUAUAUAUAUAUGUGAUUAGAAAGAUAUAAGAAUAAUAAGAAAAAAGAUUCAAAAUGUGUAUUUCUUCUUGCAGCUGGACUGAAAUAGCUGCUAAGAUUUCCUCUCCCCAGCUGAGAAUUGGUACAGUUUGUUUUUCUUACAUGAUUUCCAUGGUGUUGAUAAUGAUGUAUUUGUAUAUUGUGACUGAUGAGAGAUAAUCAGACAGGAAAAGAGCACAGAAUUACCUGUCCUUUUUUCCAGACAAUACAGAAUGUAUGAGUUUAUUACAAGAAAAAAAAGUGUGCAGAUGAACUUCCUGUAAUUAGGCCAUUCUGACCUGUGUAGAACCACACUUUGUUUGAAAUUUAUAAAAAUUAUAACUAGUACAAAACCGUGUGGUUGAUUGAUGUCUCUAUAUGAAGCAACAAGUAAAAUGAGGGUUUUCUUCUAUUUGAAAUACAUGAAUUAUCAGUAAAGACACAUUAUCAGAGCUGAAAAAAAUCGACACAUUUGUCCAAUAAAAGUUUAAUUUGUCCAACACAUGUGUCAAGAGGCAGAGUAGGGAUUUUUUUCCAUUACCCAUCCCCCUUAGUCAUGUUCUGAAUCGCCAGGACUCUAAGGAGAGUGCAGAGGCUCACACAGACAGAGAAAGUUGUAGAUGACUUUGUAAUAGUCAUAGUUACUCCUGAGAUAUCUGCAUGCCUUUGCCUGCCAGUGUUCAUUAGAAAGUGCUAAUUGAUGCAAAUGCAAGCUGUGGAUCAUGUAGAAAGGCAAGCAGGUGAAAAUGAGAAUGUAGAAACACAGUACAAAUAGACCAAGAUAAACUGGACCUGAUUUCAUGCGGUAUCCAGAUUUCUGGGGGCAAAUUUCACCUCACCUGACUCUUCAAGUCUUUGGUGUCACCAUGUUCCUGCAGCUGAUAUUGGUAUGAGGAAAAGAAGAAUUAGGAACAGCCAGAGGCCAGUGUGGGGGCUGCUUUG